AUGGAAGGUGAUGGGGGCGGCGGUCGCCCCGCGAGACAGCGCCCAACGGAGGAGCCCGGCCACACCCGACCGCCCCGUUUCCGCAGCGCGCCCUGCAGCGGGGCUCUGGACAGCGGACCGCCCGCGGCCCCUUCCCACCGGUCCCGCCGUCUGUCUAAACCAGAGGAAGGGCAGAAGGAAUACCCCUUCGACCCCCGAAAAGAAGGGGGCGCCGAAAAGUUUAUCCAGGACUCCGGGCUCCAGUCGUCAGUCCGCGAACCAUCGGAACCGAGCUCAUGCGAGCCCGUGACCCCAGGCUGCCAAGGUGUUGCUCUGGAGCUGGGCCAGCCCCCUGCUGACCAGUAUGUCCAGGCCCAGCAGUUCUCCGAGACUGAAGGGAGGGCAAAGGGCCACGUCCUCCGCCUGCCCCACCCUGCUGACAAGAGUCCCAGUCACCAGGCCACCCUCUCAGUCUGGGGCCCUCGAGGGGUAAGUGUCCUUCUGAAGCCACCUUGUCUCUUUCCUGGGGAUCAGAGCCCAGAAUCCCAAGUGGCUGGAGCGCUGGGGGACACCCAGACAGAGCCCUCGCUGGACCAGGUCCUCCGGGAGCGGGAUGAAGCCAUUGCCAAGAAACGGGCAGUGGAGGCUGAGCUGGACAUAUUCAAAGCCAAGUUGCGAGCUGUGGAGGCCCAGCUGCUGGAAGUUCUGGAGGAGAAGCUGAGACUGAAGCAGGAGGUGGAGGCCUGGGAGGUAGGGUGGACCUGCCGGCCGGGCCCAGGGGGCUGGGCCAGACGGGCACAAGCCUGGCCCCUGAACCUGCUCUCCUGCCCCCAGGAUGACAUGCAGUGGAUGGUGAGGCAGCAGGUCGAGAGUCAGCUGCAGAGAGAGUCCAGGGGCGCUCUGGGAGCCCCAUGGACCCUGGAACUGCCAGGACCCCCUGGGUCAGAUUCCCCCUGCAUUGGUGGGGACGUUGGCGGUGAGAGAGCUCAGCCCAAGACCUUGGGAAGAGUAACUUUAUUCAUUAAAGUUUAAGGUCUGACACAC